AUGACUGAACCACAGCUUCAGGACUAUGAAGAAGAUAUCUUUGAGCUCAACAUUGAAGAGCCAGUGACUACCAAUACAAGUAGUUCUAAUACUGAAUCAGCAUCAUACUACUACUAUGACAAUAACAAUAACAAGUAUAGUCUGGUGAAUGAGUUGCAACUGGAUCUCACAUCGCCACUCUUGACUCCUCAACACUAUAGCCGGAACUCUUCAAUAUCAAGCGUCGACUCUGCCUUAUCCAGCACAUCACCAUCUGUGUCUUCUUCUUCUUCAUACUCGUCAUCGCCACAUUUUGAAUUUUCCAGUCCCACCUUUUACUAUAACAACAAUAGCAACAGCAGCAAUAAUAAUAAUAAUAGUAAUUACGAUUCAUCGUAUCUACUGGAGAAUAGCAUAGUAGAGAAGAACAAUGAGUUGAUCAAGAACAAUUACAAAGCAUACCUACUAAAACUCACCAUUCCAUCAUACUAG